AUGACCACGACCCACCUCAAGAACUUGCUCUCAGGAAGCAACCCUGCAGACAAGCCCACGGCAACAAAGGUUCCAACCCACCAACCCUCUGUCGCAACUCGGGUGACCAACAGCAACAAUGCGGUUCAGGGCAAGGAUGAUACAACUGCAACGACUCAGGAGGGCAAAGCCUCGGACCACAUGUUGACCACCGGCUCGCGGAAACGGUCGAUACUUCUCAACAUGAUGCUACCUCCCGAACCCCUAGCCGUCGAUGCGAAACUGGCCCUCCCUCCCGUUAUCCUGUUCCCUCCUGUUCUCGAGCCCGAGGGGUCUAUUACUAUCCAGGACCGGAGCAUGGAUGUUUCAGCAUCAGAGACCCAUCAUACGACUACAUCCAAUUCGACGUCUUGGUCAUUACGUUCCUGGGCGUCGGGUGGAAAAGAUGGAGCAGGAGGAGAAGGACAGAUCAGCAAGCGGUCAAAGGGCCAUACCCAAGGAGAGGGGCACCAAGACAAGGGCAAGCAUGGACAGGGCAAGCAUGAUGGAGAAGGAGCAAAGAAGAAUGGCGUUGUCAAGACGGUGAAUGUUGUAGAGUCCAAAACUACGACCACUGUCUCCAAGACCACUCAGGUCCGGACGUGGAUUUCGAGGAUAGGAGGCAGCCGGUCUGAUGAGAGCAAUAGCAAGCAAGCCGCCAGCAACGCGAUAGCAUUGGAGAAUACCACCAUCCCUGGAGAAAUGGUUCAACGACAAGAGCAGGAACAAUUGACAACAAGCGAGAGCCAGCAGUCAACAUCCCAGGUUCAAGUCGACCAGCAUGGCAACGUGAUGGCGGUCCAGCAGCGACAGGAGAUUAUCCAUCAGGAGAUCCACCAGAAGACGCGGUCGGUUGCGCUUGUGAGCGUGAAUGUGUCGGUUUCGGAUAUUUUUGGAAUUGGCAAGGUGAUGGAGGUGAUUCUAGCGCUGUUUCAUGCGCACGGUGCGUUCUUGCGGAGGAAUCCAUUCUGGCUGCAGUGUGUGUUGAUGGCAUGGGAGGGAGUAGUGGUGCUGAUGCUUGUGUGGGGGGUGCUGCGGGUUGUGGGGCUGGCAGAGGUGAUUGUGUGGGGUGCCGAUGACCUGAUCCGGGGAACCCUCUCGACUGUGCAGAUGGUCGGCCGUACUCUGCAGUCCUAUCUUACACCCUACUAG